CUGGGCAUACGGUAGUUGUUGCACUGUGGCUGCGGGUGUAGAGGGUGGGUCACUGAGGAGGCUGCAGAAGCAGUUGAGACCAGGGGUAUGAACAUCGGACACCCGGAAGCUCCAUACUGUAGGGGGUCUCAGGCAGCGGGUGUGGGUAUGAGUGGGACGCUGUAGGAGGGACGGCAGGCAGGGGGUAUGUACUGUAGGGACAGGUCAGGACAGAGGAGACAUCACUGACCUGAGGGGAGCUUGUGCUGCAGGGAGGAGGGGGGGUUUCUGGAGCUUGUUGCUGUGCCCCGGAUUUGUAGCCCAUUCAGUGCCCACUGAAAAUGCUCUUCUGGCACACCCAGCCUGAACACUACAACCAGCACCCGAGCGGAGGCUACCUGCGUGACGUCCUUGCACUGCCGAUAUUUAAGCAAGAAGAACCUCAUCUCUCCCCAGACACGGAUGCCAAGCUGCCACCAUUCCAGUAUGUGCUGUGUGCAGCUACUUCACCUGCCGUUAAGCUGCACGAAGAGACUCUGACCUAUCUCAACCAAGGACAACCCUAUGAAAUUCGUCUGCUUGACAACCGAAAAUUGGGAGAGUACCAAGAGCUGAAUACUAAAUAUAUCAAGAGUAUCAUCCGAGUUGUUUUCCAUGACCGGCGUCUGCAGUAUACGGAACAUCAACAGCUAGAAGGCUGGAGAUGGAGCCGGCCCGGGGAUCGCAUUCUGGACAUAGAUAUCCCAUUGUCGGUUGGUAUAUUGGAUCCCAGAGCUAGUCCAACACAGCUAAACACUGUAGAGUUUCUGUGGGAUCCCACCAAACGAUCAUCUGCAUUUAUUCAGGUACAUUGUAUCAGCACAGAGUUCACUCCUAGAAAGCAUGGAGGAGAGAAGGGCGUGCCAUUUCGAAUUCAGAUUGACACAUUUAAACAAAAUGAGAACGGAGAAUACACAGAACAUUUACAUUCUGCUAGCUGCCAGAUCAAGGUGUUCAAGCCCAAAGGAGCGGACAGAAAACAGAAGACUGAUCGUGAGAAGAUCGAUAAGCGAACUGCUCAGGAGAGAGAAAAAUACCAGGCAUCCUAUGAUACCACCAUCUUGACGGAGUGUUCUCCAUGGCCAGAAUUGCCUUACCAGUCGAACAACUCUUCUUCUCCUGGUUACAACAGCUCACCAAACAGUUUCACUAUCGGAGAUGGCAACUGCUCUCCAACCCCUCAGGUGGAACCUCCUCCCAUUAGGAAUGAGAAAACUAUUACUGGAUUCCAUACUGAGGCUUGGACUCCAGAUGGUAAAGGAAAGAAUCUUGUGCCUUCGGCAACCAUACAGGAUGUCCAGCAAUGGUUACAGCGCAACCGGUUUCCCCAGUAUUGCAGACUUCUGUCUAGUUUCUCAGGUGCUGACUUAUUAAAGAUGUCCAAAGAGGAUUUUAUCCAAGUGUGUGGCCCUGCAGAUGGAAUUCGUCUCUUUAACGCAGUGAAAGGAAGAAAUGUGAGACCCAGAUUGACCAUAUAUGUCUGUCAUGAAUCUGAACAAAACAGAUCUGUUCUGCGACAUGAACAAGAGCGCAAUGAGACUUCUGUCUGUGUGUACCAUGCAAUUUUCCUGGAAGAGCUCACCUCACUGGAGUUAAUUGAGAAGAUCGCUAACUUGUAUACAAUAUCUCCUCAGCAAAUCCAUCAGCUUUACAGACAGGGACCAACUGGGAUCCAUGUGGUUGUUAGCACAGAGAUGGUCCAGAACUUCCAGGAUGAAUCCUGCUUUGUACUCAGCACCCUGAAAGCAGAGAAUGGUGUUGGAUAUCACAUCAUUUUGAAGUGAGAACCCCUGAUUUGUGCCAGUACAAAGAUUUACAUUUUCGUCUCUCCAAUCAGAUGAUCCACAAUAGAGUAUUAACUGGCCAGUGAACAAAAUCCUGGUAUCUGUGCCAGAGUGUGUAGCAGCAUAGAACAGUUAUUGUUAAUGUGUAUAUUCAGGUGUUUGUAGACCAGAAUCUCUACAUGGGCUUCUUAUGACUGCAAUGUAUGAGCUGUACAUGUUAAUUGUAAAUAUGUGAGAUCUGGUCCUUGUGGAAGCUGGAAGUAUAAUGCCUGCAACUUGUGAGAUAUUGUAAAUACUAGAAUAUGCAAAGCUUUCUAAACACUGGAUCUUCUUGUAUAGUGUGUAUUUCCCCAAAUUUUUAUUGUACAUGUUUUCACUAAAGAAAAACUGGUUUUCUAGAUCUCUUGUACUUAAUAAAAAAUAGAUUUUAUGUGUGUAUAUAUAAUAAUAUAGUCCCAUUGAGGUAGGGACCCCCACUCGCAUGUCUCGAUCACUGACUGCCAGUCUCAGGAUGGGGAGCAGACCACAGGCUGUAUCCAAUUAGCUGUGAAAAUGCAGUACUUUACUGCACUUGAACUUAUCACGCUAAAAGUGCCAUGGAAAUGAAUUAUUGCGGGUAUGCGCACUCCCCAGCCUAUUGCACACACAGCCAAACUAAUAUAGGAAAACAUUAUAGAAGUCUAUUCAUGGCCAUAAUAAAACUAUUUGGUGCACAGAAAUUGAGUCAAAUGGCUGUUUUAUGCAUAUAAAAACAAUCAGAGCAAUUUUUCAGCAAAAAAAAGUGCUCUUCUUAAAUUAGGGGUACAUAAAAAUGAGUACAACUAUAUAUUUGGGUCAUUUUAGGCCACUUUCAAAAAGCUUUAAAGAAACAACCCAGAUGCACCCACCUGCAAGCCUAAAACACUUUUCCCACUCAAAGUACCUCAAUAUACUUUCCCCAAGCCUUGCACCCCAAUCUCCAUCUAUUUGCCUUUUUUUUACCCCCAAAAGUGACACACCAUUAUUGGCCUAUUAAAACUAAAACUAAUUCAAAACUUUUAAGUGCCUAAUUAGUCAUUCAUGAGGGUGCCCCAGGGGUUCAGAACCAAAUCCCCACAUUUUUACCUUUUUAAAAUAGGGACUUUGCACUAUUUAUCACCUGCUCGGAAUAAAAUCAAAGUUGUGCUAAAACCUAUGGAGACUUUUUGACGAUAACUUUUCACAGGUAAUUGGAUAUCUGGUUUUUGCAAUCAUGAUAAAAAGGCCAUUUAUUUUUUUAUAUUGCAUAACCACCUUUUCGCAGGCCGUAGGAUACCCCCAUAUAUUAUUUGUGAAUAAUGAUGUUGAGUGAGUAUUUGAUGAAAAUGUGGACUUGUUGCACUCUACAAACUGGUUUUGUAAAUAUAUAGCAAGCAAAAGGAAUCUUAGUUUCCCUUAGUGAAGUUGAUUCCACCAGUGUGGCUCUGUAAAAUCAGAUCAUUCUAAUUUUCCCGUUUUGCGUUGCUGAAUUUUUAUUAAUUAUAAUGCUAAACUUGAUUUAUUAUAAUGACAUACUGUAAACUGUUGUUCCUUUAAUUUUAUGCUGCUGGUACUAAUUAACAUAUUCCCUAUACAACGUGUGUUAUAUAGAGAAUAAAUGUUUCAGCAAUUUUCAUACAUGUCAUUUCUAUUUCUAAAAUCCGCAUUCUACUAUUCUGAUGUUUGUGGAUUUCUUGCUGGCGAGCACUAGAAAUGGGGUUUUAUGUGCAGUUAGUUUAUAUCUAGCUAAAACAAAACUGUUACAUGUUUCCACCAACCCUUCAAAUGAUUCAUGUUUUAAACUACACAAGUCACCCGGCAUACAAUGCAAUCUAUUCAACACGUUUCAGAUGUUCUACUAUUUGUUGGGGUUUGUUUUUGUUCCGUACAGUUUCUGAAUAUCUGUAAUUUGUGUGGUGUGUGAUAAUAUUCUUCUUAGCCUGAAUUUGGUGAACUUUUCAGUACAUUGUGGGUCUGAGAAUUUGUGCCUUAAGAAACGUGUCCUUUCCUGAUGAUUAGUCCGGUUAACAAAAAGUCAAAUGCAAGCACAAGCAGUGGGCUUGUCCUGUCUUCUUAUUAUGAAGUUACUCUAGACACCGCUACUGUAAGGGGCUUCAAGCUUUGUUUUUGGAGGUCUUGCACAUGGCUUUGGUUACAGAAUGUAUUAUGUUUUUUUGUGGGGAUUCUCCCAUUUCUCUAAAAAAAAAAAAAAUAAUAAUUUUUUUUUAUAGAAAAUGUCUUAUUGUACUGCAUUAGUUUUUCUGGUCUCAUAUGUCUGUAUUGUAUUGCACACACAUUGUAUAUUUAUCCAGUAACUACCAGUGUGCAGCUGGGAACACACUGGAGUGAUAUCUGCCUAAUAUGCUGGAUCGCAUAGACAUAGCGGGCAUAUCGCUCAGUUCGUGUGCCCAACAUGCGCGCUCCCGUGUUCGCUAGUGACGUUGUCAGGUUUGAUGUGCUGCACAUCAAACCUGACAGUAUCGCUAGCGUCCUAUGGUAUACUUAUAAAGGAUGGAACAUGAUCAUUAACAUCUCUUAAGUGUGUACACAAAAUCUGGGUUUGACGGGCAUUCAUUCCAAUGUCUGAACCAACAGUUGGCCUUCCAAUUUACUAGCAGUUAGUGACAUCACCUAGGUGGGAUCCGGUCUGAAGAUUGACACUGUCUAGGUCGACAAUUUUUAGGUCGACCACUAUAGGUCGACGGGGUUGGAAGGUUGACAGGGUUUCUAGGUCGACAGGUCAAAAGGUCGACAUGAGUUUAAAAAAAAAUAUAUAUAUUUUUUAAACUUUUUCAUACUUAACGAUCCACGUGGACUACGAUUGGAACGGUAAUCUGUGCCGAGUGAAGCGAGGCAUCUUUCCCGAAGCAUGCGAGCGAAGCAAGCCAGGCGAGGGGACACGGAGCACUAAUUGGGGUUCCCGGUCACUCUACGAAGAAAACACAACAAACAAACCAUGUCGACCUUUUGAACUGUCGACCUUCCAACCCUGUCGACCUAGUGACUGUCGACCUAUAGUGGUCUACCUAGACACUGUCGAUCUAAUGAUCCACACCCCACCUAGGCCUAGUCUUGUGAGUAUUGGUUUAGAUCACAGAAAAGCUACUUUAAGUAAAAGUUGACAUGUCUGUUAAGUCUCGUGUCCUGCAAAGUAAUUAUAUUGUCCACUGACUACUUUUUAAUGACGAUCCCUGUCCUUUUUGAAUUGUCCAGCCUAUCCUAUUUUUCACAAAAUAAAAUGCAACCUCAAUCCCUGCAUAUAGCCCUUUUCUUUUGCACUUGGAGUAGCAAAUAUUCUAUCGGUACAUAUUAACCCAUUACUGGAGAGGGAAGAUACAAAGUACAUAUUAACCCAAUAAUGGAGAGGGAAGAUACAAGGUUAUUAGACUGGGACUACUGUCUGAUACAAUCUACAUAGUAACCAGACUGCCCAACUCCAAGUAUGGGGAGAUGGGGCAUUUGUAAUAGGGUAAAUUACUAGACUAAUUUUGUAGAAGUUCACGGCACUUGUGGAGCCCUUACUAUAGUCUUACUAUAUAUGUCCUUUUUAAUUUUCCGUCUUUUUAAGCCUGGUACUAUAUUAAACUUUUUUGUUUUUUCCUCUGUGCUUAAAAGUGCUGUGGUGACAGGAAGGAGCCAUCUCAGCAGGUCUGAAUGGGUGAUUAACGAUCAGCAACUUUUUUUUUUUUCCCAUGUCUCCCACUUUCUUUCAUUUUGUAUGUCUGUAUCUGCAGUACCUAAGCAUUAUGGGGAUAUCUGGAUGUAGGUGUUUGGUUAUUUAGAAUUAUAUAAUGUUCUUUCAAAUGUUACCCUGUUCUACUGCAUGAAGUUGUGCUGUAUCAGGUGUUUGGUGUUGGGAUUCUAUAUAAAUAUUUUGCUAUUUUUAUUGUGCAUUCAUUUGUCCUUUAAACUCUAUGCAAUCGCAAUGAAUGUGCUGGGGAAUGGGAAGAUGACAGAACCAGUUAAUUACUGCCAUUUUUUUCCUGUUGUACAUGAAUGAAGAAGAGUAAUCUAUUUACUAUUGUACAGGAAUAUUCUAGAACUGGAAUUUGUAUUAAAUGCAAAUAAAAUUUGUACAAAAGCAUUAAGACACUAAA